AAACUUCUGCGGAGAAGUUGGCAGUCGUUUCGCGUAAUCGAGGCGUGUGAGUUGAUUUAGGCCUAACGUUCGAAUUAGAAGAGAAGUUUGCGAAGUUAUGGCUCAACCUCCGACAGUUGUACCUUUGCAGACUGUUUUACCUCAACAAAUGACACCUCAGCAACAGCAACAACAGCAGCAGCAGCAGCAAUGUCAAAUGCAGUCGGCGGAAUUAAAGUACGAUAAUGUGGCUAAAGUGAAAUCUUUGACAUGGAGUUUGAAGGAAUUGCUUGUUGUGAGUAUUGUUCUUAAACACACCAAAAUAGUUCAGGAAUGCACACUUUUGCAGAGAGAUAGUCAACAAUAUCUACCUCUUCCUGUAUCAUCUAAUAAAAUUGAUACAGCUCCUGCACCCACUCAAGAUGGAACUUUAUCGUACAGUCAGUAUCUGAGUACCAUUAAAAGCCAAGUGAGCUUUGCAACUGCCGUGCAAGAGAUAUUAGCAGAAGGUGCCAGAAAAAUUACACAAGGAGACUGAGAUUUUAUUUUAAAACUGUGUACAUACUACAUAAAUCCAGAUAUAAGUAUGGGUUAAGAGUGUACUUGUAUUGAAAUGUAUUUUUGUGAAAUGCAAGAAUUAUUAUUUAUUAGUAAAAUACAAAAGUGAAUUUUAAA